UCAAGGGGGCCAGCAGUGCCCACGCCGCCCGUGCUGUCCCCAGGACUGAGGCUGGGUGGUCCGAUGGAGGGGCCUCAGUCACUGGGGCACCUCUGGGAGCCUUGCCGUCUCCCCAAGGGGCAGUUUGCUUAUAGCCGGGUGGGUCCUGUUUGGCCCGGGCUGGCUGGGUGACCCAGGAUCUACUCUCAGAGCCUCUACUACCUGCUUUGUAAAAAACGAACCGGAGUAAGGCAGGUGUGGCAGUGCACCCCAGUGAUCCCUGCACUCGGGAGGCUGAGGCAGGAGGAUCAAAAGUUUGAACCCAGUCUGAACAACUUAGUGAGACCCUGUCUCAAAAAAUAAAAAGGUUGGGGAUGCAGCUCAGUGUGAAGGCCAUGGGUUCAAUUCCCAGUACUGCAAAAAAUGACAGCGUCACAGGGUUGCUGUGAGAUUAACAAGUUGAGUUUGGUGCCUCCGUAACCAAGCCAGGCUCUGUCUCCAGCUGUCCCCACGGCUCCGCUGUUGCUGCCUCUGCUGAUGCUCUGCUCGGCCCACCCAGCGGUGCCCUCCUUCCUCACCGCUCUCCCAGCACCCUGCGCACCAGCAGCCUGUGCCAAGGGUUCUUGCCCGGAUGCCGGUGCCCACAGCAUCUUUGCCUCUGGACGCCUCCUCUGAUGCCCAGGAAGCAGCAGAAAUGAGGCUCAGAGAGGCCGGGCGCCCCCCUGGUCACAGCCGCUCGGUCACAGCCACUCAUGGCCCUUGUGGGGCUCCAGCCAGCUGCUCCGUGCGUGAGGAGGACCCCCUGCGACACGAGGCCUACCACCAGCAGGGCCAGUGCCAGGCGCUGGUGCAGCGGUCGCCCUGGCUGCUGAUGCGGAUGGGCAUCCUGGGCCGCGGGCUGCAGGAGUACCAGCUGCCCUACCAGCGGGUGCUGCCGCUCCCCAUCUUCACGCCCACCAAGGUGGGGGCCGCCAAGGAGGAGCGCGAGGAGACCCCUGUCCAGCUGCGGGAGCUGCUGGCACUGGAGACGGCCCUGGGCGGCCAGUCCCUAGAUCGCCAGGACAUGGCUGAGAUCACCAAGCAGCUGCCACCUGUGGUAUCGGUCAGCAAGCCGGGCGCCCUCCGCCGCACGCUGUCCCGCUCCAUGUCCCAGGAGGCACAGAGAGGCUGAGCACAGCAGCGACCCAGGCUCCACUGUGCCCACCCCAGGCGGGGCCCUUCCCGGCUGGGGCCACGGAGGGAGCUGCUGGCCGCGGACGCUUUGUAGUUUGCCCAGAGCUGGGGGCUGGGAGGAGGGAGCCAGAGGCCAGGACGCCUGAGUCCCCUGAGUUCCCCAAGAGAGGGGGGCGAAGAUGGUGGGCGCUGGGGGUGGAGAGCAGGAGGCCAGCACAGCCGAGCAGCCUCAGCCCCAGGGGAAGGGACAAGGGACACCGGUGAGGUCUGAGCCUCGGAGGAGGUCAGGGACAGGUGGGAAGGAUCUAGAAGGCUCCAGAAGGCAGCUUGGAGGAGACGGAGGCAGGAGGAUGUGCAGAGAGCAGAGGUGGGUGGGCCCAGCACCCUCUUAGCGCUGCAAUAAAUGCUCAACCCUGUUCGGUC